GGAAAAUCCUGCACCUAAGGCAGCUGAUGGAGUCCAUCAUCGGUGGAGACUUUGAGGCUUCUGUGUUGUUGAAGUUGGGUCUGCGUGCAGAGCAUACAGAAGUAAGGACACAUGGCGUGUACGAGACAGUCUGCUUUCGUUUACAUCGAGAAAGCCAGAUCCCGCCUUUUGGGAAAACUAAAGAAUCUCUCAGUGAUUCUGGAGAACUUGAGACAGAAAGAAGUUUUCAGUGACGAGGCAGUCAGCAAAAUACAGGCUGAGAAAGAUGACUACGAUAAAACCAGAAGAAUACUGGACUGGGUCAAGUGUAAGGGGGAAGACGCCUGUUACGAGUUCCUUAGGAUUGUUGACAUGACGAGGAAGCGAACCUUAGAGGUUGACCUGCAUCACUGGAUCAGCUGCUUUCCUUUCAGGGAAGACGCACAAAUGGAUACAAACUACUUACAAGGCCCAAAGCCGUGCCACAGAUAUCAGGCGAAGUUAAAGUUAAAAGCACGAAAAACAUCAAAUGAGUUUUGGAUGGCAAACAAAUACCUGUUUGAAGAAAACAACAAGCCUGAUCUGUCGUACAUGUCUCUUGUGUUAGACACACAAGGAAGUGUCUCUCCAUCGAAAAUAAAGAAGCUCAAGAGCAAGAAAAGCAAGAUGAUUCGCCCUAAGAAGCUAAGGACAUACGUCCCUGAGGACAAAGUAGGAACUUCCCCCGGUGACCUUUUGAAAACAUAUCUUGACGUACUCGUGGUUGGUAAACCUGGAAUUGGAAAGACAGCACUCACCCAGGAAAUGUUGAAACUCUGGGCAGACAGAGACAAUGACAAGCUUGAUUACAUGUUUUACUUUGACAUGAGAGAAACAUCCCACAUCACAAAGGCUGUGAGCUUGGAGGAUCUUCUCUUCAACAUGUUCAGUGAACCAGAUGAAGGCAAAGAAGAGGUCUUACAGGACAUAAAGAACAACUCUGACAAUGUUACGCUCAUUUUUGAUGGAAUGACAGAUCUGUCUUCAUCAGUGGUGAAGAGACUUGUAGAGAAGGACCUACUGCCCGAUGCAAAGAUCAUUGUGACUUGCAGACAGGAUGAUGAAGAAGAGUUCUCUUCUGAGGACUUUCUCAGAGUGGAAGUGAAAGGCUUUAGUGAGCAGACCAUUAAAGCAUACUUAGCUGAAAUGCUAGGAAAAGAACAGAAGAAGGUUUUCAGCAACGUGGAGUUGUUGACGCUUUGUCAUGUCCCGAUAUAUGCACUGAUGGUGGCUGCCUGCUUCUCAUUUGAGACACCAGAAGACUCACCACAGCCGUGCACUAUCACAGAAAUCUACAUCAAUAUCGUUCGCUUCUGCCUUCAACGAAACAGCAACAACCUCAAAACUAGAGAUCUAAAUCCCUUCAUCAAAAACAAGAGAAAGGAAAUACUGUCUUUGGCUGAGGCUGCUUUCAAUGCAACUGAAGGAAAAAACGUGAAAUUGACCGAACUUCCCUGUAAGGACAGCUGCGUCCUUUCCUUUCUGAAACCACUUGUUAUCAAAACCGCCCCUACUGAGACAAUGACCACAUACGCAUUUCUCCAUUACACAAUGCAGGAGUUUUUUGCAGCACUGUGGCUCCUGAAGAACCCAGAUAAAAUCAAGGAUGUUUUUCAGCAAUGCCUCACUGAGGAGAAGAAACACAUGAAGCACCUGAUCCCUUUCAUGUGUAGACUGUUGAAUGAGAAGAGCCCUAGUUUGAUGAAGUAUCUGAUUCCAGCCGAGGAGCUCAAGAAUACAUCUGACUGGUUCUUCAAGGAAAUGAUAACCACGUUUUUCACAUGUCUGUGUGAGGCUGAUACUGAGGACAGUAGGCCUGAUGUGGACAUACUGUUCUUAUGCCAGUGCUUGUAUGAGUCCCAGUGUCCUGAAGCAUGCAUCCACCUUUUGGAAAAACUGGACUAUCAUCUUGAUCUCAGUGGAGAGAGUCUAGAUCCCUUACCUUGCUGUGCUGUGGCCUAUGUAGUCACUCAGUCAGAGGAGCGGAAAGUAUCACUGAACCUCGAGGAUGUCAGGGUAUCAGACCAAGGAAUGAGACGACUAUUUGGAUGCCUUAAAAAUGUCCAAUGGCGUGACCCUCUGCCACUGCAGCUGUGGAAGAUCUUCCUUCUGAGUGAAGGGCAGAUGGACCACCUCAGCUUACUAGGCCUUGAUGGAAAUCAGUUGCACCUUCCAGUUGAAGGUAAAAGAUGUCUGUUUGAACAAGCUGUAAAAGUCAUGCAGAAGAUGAGUAUGAAGGUCAAUGUCUGCCUCCACUGGGAUAGAGAAACUCGUGUCUGCCAGGAUCUGUGCGAGUCUCUCUUUGAGGCUUUGUCGUACAUCAGCUCACUCAGCUUCAGGGUCACCUGUAGAGGUCCAGGAUUACAGGACCAGAAGCAACACCAUGGGACACUGGAGAGAAAAGAAAAGCAGCUGUUACUGGAUUUAUGCCAGAAAGCUGCACUUCACAAAGGAGAAAGCUGUCACAAUGUAGUGAAUACGCUCCUCUCGUUGUUUUCUGUUAACACUGGCAUACAUGACAUCCUUCUUGAUUUUUACCAACAUGUCAAGAGUGGAGGGUUUUUAAGUAUCAUUCCACUGAAGCCACUUUUCCAGUCAGCUCCUGCAGUCUGGGUCAUAGACCUCUCAGAGAGAAAGACGUCCAUCCUCCUGGAAGUGCUGAAACUCCAAUCAGAGAAGAAACAAGUGAAGCUGACAGGCUGGUCAGAUGAAGAGAGUGAAGUGAGGAGCUUCCUACAGUGUCUGCGUUAUAUCUCACAGCUCAGUUUCUAUCCCUGGGGUCGAGACUCAGGUGCAGUCAAGUUCUGUGGGAAUCUGUUCUGUGCAGCAGCAGAGAGAGAACAGCAGACAGGAGAGAAGAUACUGAAGCUGUUAUCAUCACUGUGCUCAUAUCAGAGAUUCCCUUUGAGUGACAGGUUUGAUGAUGAUGAUGAUGAUGAUGAUGAUAAGAAACAUCAGAGUGAUUUCCUGCUGGAUCUGUACUCUCACCUGAAGGACUAUGAGACUCAGACAGGCCUGAGUGUCCUUCCAUCAGUACAGUCAGUUUUCCAGUCAGCUCCUGCAGUCUGGGUCAUAGACCUCUCAAAGAGAAAGACCUCCAUCCUCCUGGAAGUGCUGAAACUCCAAUCAGAGAAGAAACAAGUGGAGCUGACAGGCUGGUCAGAUGAAGAGAGUGAAGUGAGGAGCUUCCUACAGUGUGUGCCUUAUAUCUCACAGCUCAGCUGUGGUCCAGAGUUCUUCCAGAGGGUGUGCACAUUAAUCUCUGUAAGAUCCAGAGAGGAGGCCGAGCAUUUGGCCUCUUUGCUGCAGCUGUUGGGGUUCACCCUGCUGUUAACAGGGGAGUUGCACCUGAACACCUGCCGCACUGUGGGAAGAGUCCUCGUACUUUGUGGAUUGGAUGUGAAUCUCAUCCUCACACCACGGAAGAUAUCUGUCAGAGGAGCCUCCGUCCUCUUCAGACGUACAACACGUCUUCACAGUCUGAGGCUUUCCAAUGACAUGGCCUUGCUCCUGUGUCGAUGGGUAAGAGGAGGGAGAGUGGUCUGUCCGGUGACUAUCGAAGAGCUUUCUCUCUCACCUCAGAGAGCCAAACCAUCAGAGAGAGUGUUGUUGAAGGUUGUCAGUAAUGUGGCGUCCCUGCUGAGAUACUGGACAGUCAGACGGUUAGACCUGACUGAGUUCUGUGUUCCUGCUCAGGGUGUCAUUCCACUGCUGCUUCAUGAUGGCCCUCUGACAGUCAAACUGAGUGAGGAGAUCUUCCAGCAGCUACUCUUCCUCCUGCAUGAAAUCCAGGACAAGCACUUGACCCAGUUCUUCUUGAGUAAGGUUGGUGGAGACCUCACCUCCUGCUGUGUGAACUGGGAGCUUCUUCACUAUCUGCUGCAGCAGUCGUCAUCUCAGACCUUCACUGUGAACCUGAGGAAGAACAGCUUCUUACAGAAGAGCAUCACACGUCUGCUUCCCUUUCUGGACAGGAUUGUGUUUAAAAGGCUCAGCCCCAGCUUUGUGUUGACUGCCAUCAGAGAGAUCUAUGAAGCUCGUGCCAGUCCCAUUAUACCCAGUUUACUGAGGUCAUUUGAUCAUGUGAUCAACCUGUGCUGCAGAGAGAUGGACUCAGUGGACUGUGCUGCUCUGCUCUUCACCCUCAGACACAGUGUCAGAGUGAAACUAAACCUCCUGUGGAGCUCCAUACCAGCAGGGCAGACAGAGUCUAUCCUCUUUACACUGGACAGAGUUUCUCAGCUCAGUGCUGACAGGAGCCUGCUGCUGAGGUUGGUCCACUGCUGUGCUGCCUCUGACGUCCAGCAGGGGGCAGCAGUCGACCUGCUCAGGACUGUGCAGCACAGGCUGGAUCUGUCCUGCUCCUCCUGUGUGGCGCUGGAUCAAAGUGAGACUCUCAGUCUGACUGCUGGCGACUGCAGGGCCGUCUCUGCCGUCCUGAGACACAGCAGCCAGGACACACAGGUCAUCCUGCAGGACUGUGAGGUGGAGGACAGCGGACUGGACCUGCUGUUUCCUGUUCUAAACAGAGUCCGCCUCAGAGCCAGCAAAGCUGUCCUCCUCCAGCUGGUGUCCCUGGUUCCUGUGAACAGUGAGAGGGACACAGUGAGACGGGCAGUGUCCCUCUGUAGAGCCUUGGGUGGAGAGCUGGACUUCAGUCACUCCACACUGGAUCAGAGGGCCUGUGGAGCUUUAGCCCUGAUGCUGGACUCGUGUGAAGAGCUGACAGAGCUGGACCUCAGUCACUGUCGGCUCACUGACCAGCUGCUGCUCACACUCAGCGCACAUCUGCACAAAGUACAAGUCCUGGAUCUGAGUCACAAUAACGUCACUGAUGCUUCAACUGACACGUUACUCCAACUGGUCUCCACCAACCCCUCCAUUCACACUGUGAGACUUUUCGGGAACAAGAUUGUGGACAGAACAUGCUUUGACAAACACAAGUUUGAAAUAUGGUGAACUGGUGGUCAGCGUGCUGGAACUGUGCUCAUCAGGGAAUAACUGUCUUAUGUUUCAUGUUAAAAAUGAAAGUAUCACUGCAGUUGGAGUACUAAUACUGUGAUUGAGGUAGUCAGUUUAUAUGGAGGCCAAGAGCUGCCAGCAAUGUUUGAUAAUAAUUAUGUGGAGAUCAUGACAGUGGCUGCAAAAAUUCUGGCACCCCUGGCCAAAAACUCUUUUACUGUGAGUAGUUCAGUGAGUAGAAGAUGAACUGAUCUUCAAAAGACAUGAAGGUAAAGAUGAAACAUGCUAGAUCAGUGUAUUAUUUUUGUUUUGUACAAUUUAGAGUGAACAAAGGAAGCAGCACCAUGUAAAAGUUUGGGCACCCCAAGACAUUUGAGCUCUCAGACAACUGUUACCAGGGUCUCAGACCUUAAUCAGGUUGUUAGGGCUCUGGCUUGUUCACAGUCAUCAUCAGGAAAGGCCAGGUGAUGCUAAUUUCAACUGACUCCUGAAACCUUGUCCCAACAAUCAGCAGCCAUGGGCUCCUCCUCCUCAAGAUGAAAACUUUGUGAGAGAGGAAGAGUGGUGGUGCACUGUUGUACUGUGCAGACACACCUGGACAGGUAUGACCUUCAUGGAAGAGUCAUCAGAAGAAAACCUUUCCUGUGUCCUCACCACUAAAUUCAGACUCACAGGUUUGUGAAGGGACAUCGAGACAAGCCUGAUGCUUUUUGGAGACAUGUCCUGUGGACACUUUCUGGACCCAGUGAGCAAAGGGACACCUGUUAAGGUGGUUAAGGUUAUUGAAGAAAUGUUUCAGCUUUAACUUCAUGCCUUUUGGAGAUCAGAUCAUCCUCUACUUACAUAACUAUUCACAGCAAACGAGAUUUUAGACCAGUGGUGCCCAAACUUUUGCAUGUGACUGUAUCUCUUGUUCUGGAGGUACUAUACUUUCAUGGUGCUCAUAUUUGUGAUUGACACCCCACAUCAGAUUGUUCUGUUGGGAUCACGAAUAAAUUAUUUUUGUAAUGUGGCAAAACAAACAGAGCCAUAACUGUUCUGUCAAUAUUAUGAGUCGGCAGAAUUGAUCUUUUUGUACUUUGUGAUAUCGUUAUUUUAGGAUGAAUGUUUAGUCAGAGGGAUAGUUUGGGAUUUAUGAAGUGGGGCUGUAUGAGGUACGUAUUUAUAGUCAGUAGAUGGCGGUCAGCUUGCCCCCAGUUUGGGAUAGCAGGCAGGAGUCCCAACAGGGAAGCUCAGUGACAUUGCUGUGGACGGGGGUUGAUAUCAAAACGUGGUUUAGCCAUCUUAAAAGAGGCUCACCUAUCAGUGUGAGAGGACGCUAUAUUGUGGAUUUUUCCAGUGCCUUACCUCGCUGUCAGACUGCUCUAUCUUAACAGCAAAACCUCUGUAUUCUUCCUCUGCUGCUGCACACUGUAUUACUCCACAGGUCUGUUUGGGUCAGACUGUCAGAGAUUUAUGGAAGACACAACUAACACUUCGUCUUCGUUGCUAAUUGCCUUCUUCCCGAGUUUUUGUAAGAAGUCCAGCCAGUGGAGUAAUACAGUGCACGGCACCAACUAACCCUUAAAAGGUUGAGAAAAAUGACUCUUUGAUGAUAUUUUAAAGCAAGGAUAUAUUUUUAAAAAAAAAUGUUUGAUACACUGAAAAAAAUGUUAAUAUGGGUAUUUUUUGAUGGUUUUUUUCAUCUCUUUUGUCUUAAUAUGACAAUUAUCUGAGCUUUCCUCAUUAAAGAAAAAACAACAACUUUAUUUUGGUUGCUUUAUACAGGUGAAAAUCUGUGUUGGCCAGUUACCAGCUGAGUGACUUUAUGUCAGGAAUAGACCUCAUUCUUCUGCUAAAAACCAGUUGUUCUAAAACAUUGUGAAAUGCACAGCUGUAAAUAUACUCAAUAAAUACUUGAUAUGAAAGA